CCACCCUGCAGCUCCCCCUGACACUUCUCAUAAAUAUUACCGAGGCUUAUUUGAACAACUCGCAGCACAAAGUCACACCGUGUCCUGCUCUUAACCCGCUUUUCGCCUGUCAGAACAAGCGAAAACUGCCUCUCUUUUUUUGCGCUCCAGGCUGCUUCUCACCACAUCCAACUUUAUGCGCUGGUUGCUGCGCCGCGAGCUGGACGGCUGCUGCUCCCGCUAACAGGUCGCUGCCCCAGGGCUACAGACUGGUUCUUAUCCCGCAAAGAAAGCCUCACGUCUGACUGUCAGAUACGCUGUACAAUCCCGUGUCUUGAUCUGGGCUCUUGAAUCGGAGAUCUGUCAAGUUUGGCAACUUGGGAUUUAGUUCCGCCGAUCUUCUUGCUGCUGGUAAGGCUUUAAGGAAAGUGUCGCUUUCUCGCCUUUCUAUGUAAGCGGGAGAAGAGGACGAAGAGAAAGAGGAUUUUUUUUUCUCCUUUAACUUUCCUCUAAAGUCGUGAUUCCAUGAUGAGCAAACCUGCUGGCUCAACAAGUGGCUGUCUGGAUAUUCUGAACGUCAAAUCAAGUCGAAUACUGGACAUCCCCUGCAAAGUGUGCGGAGAUCGCAGCUCAGGGAAACAUUACGGUGUUUACGCCUGUGACGGCUGCUCGGGAUUCUUCAAAAGGAGCAUCCGCAGGAACAGAACAUAUGUCUGCAAAUCUGGCUCUCAGGGUGGCUGUCCAGUGGACAAAACCCACAGAAACCAGUGCAGAGCGUGCCGUUUGAAGAAGUGUCUGGAAGUGAACAUGAAUAAAGACGCCGUCCAACACGAAAGGGGCCCCCGGACGUCCACUAUCCGCAAACAGGUCGCCCUAUAUUUCCGGGGGCACAAAGAGGUGAACGGAUCGUCGACCCAUUUCCCGGGAUCCUCUCUGCCCGGCCCUCCCUUCUUCACCACGGUCACGCAACUGGAACCUCACAACCUGGAGAUGAGCGGGGUGGCCACCACGCCGGAGAGACAGGCCAUCGUGGGUCUGGCACAGCCAACACCGAAGUAUCCACAUGAAGUCAACGGCACCCCGAUGUAUCUCUACGAGGUGGCCACAGAGUCUGUGUGCGAGUCUGCAGCGCGCCUCCUUUUCAUGAGCAUCAAGUGGGCGAAAAGUGUUCCCGCAUUCUCCACCCUGCCUUUAUCCGACCAGCUGAUUCUUUUGGAGGAUGCGUGGAGGGAAUUAUUUGUUCUGGGCAUUGCACAGUGGGCCAUUCCCGUGGAUUCCUCCACUCUUCUCGCUGUUUCGGGGAUGAACACCGAAAACACGGAGUCUCAGAGGAUGAAUAAGAUCAUGUCUGAGAUUCAAGCACUUCAGGAGGUGGUCACCAGAUUCAGACAGAUGCGCCUCGAUGCCACAGAGUUCGCCUGUUUGAAAUGCAUCGUGACAUUCAAAGCAGUUCCAACGCACGGCAACACUGAGUUAAGAAGUUUCCGCAACGCCAGCGCCAUCGCUGCACUACAAGACGAGGCACAGCUCACCCUCAACAGCUACAUACACACCAGGUAUCCCACUCAGCCCUGCCGCUUCGGGAAGCUGCUCCUCCUCCUCCCUGCUCUCCGCUCGGUCGGCCCGUCAACAAUAGAGGAGGUGUUUUUCAAGAAGACCAUAGGGAACGUGCCCAUCACCAGGCUCCUUUCCGACAUGUACAAGUCCAGCGAUAUAUGAGCUCUGUCGACAGAUGGAGGGGAAAUACUUGAAGGUGAAGGUCCAGAGAGCCACCGAGCAGAAAACAGACUGGCAGUCAUAGCAGGUGUAACCGUUGCCUUACAGGCUCGCAUAAAACAAAGACUGCAACACAGCCAGAAUUCACCGAGUAGCCUGUUAACAGUCAGUAGAGUUCAGGAUUAGUUUGUAACUUUCAUUAUAGAAUGACUGAAGCCGCCAUCUUUGCUGUGGGCACCGACUGCCUGCAAUGUUUAAAUGUCGCCUAAAGACUCUGGAGAGCACAAGUGCCAACUAGGCCUACGUCAUACUAAGAAAUAUUAUAUAUAUAUAUAAAAGUUUUUCGAGUCUCUGAGACCAAUGAGCUUGCCGACCAAUCUAGUCUUUUUAUUGCUGUGUUCAAUCCCAAUGGAGGAAACCAAAUAAAGACGACGCAUGCGUAAUGGGGACGUGAUUCGCUGUCCUCUCGAUCCGGUGCUGAAACCAAACGCAUGAGUGAACGAAAAAGAAAAUGCCUACUCUCUAGAGAAUCAUCAGCUGGCAUUGCCUCCUGACUGUAAAACGACAUUAAUCUGAAGACGGUGUUUGUAUUUAAGUGGUUACUGUCCUGUUUGUGUUGGUGUGACCUUGUUUGAGGCGCAGCAGUGAAAAUGUUUAGGUCGACUUUGUGAAGUUAGACACUAACACUGGAUAAAAUUAUGUUCAGCACUUGGAAAUGUUCUUUUGUGGCCUGUGAUGUUUCUAUUUUGUUGUAAAUAUUUGGAGUUAUAACUAUUUAGAGUUGUAACCAGAAGAAUAAAAUACACUGAAUUAAA